AUGGUUCAGCUCAAGACCAAGCUCGACUACACCAAGGUUGACCCCAGCUUCAAGCCGAUGCCCAAGAACGGCUGGCUAUCGACCAUCGACCCGGAUUUCGCCAAAGUCAAAGAAGCCGCCGAUGCUUCCGUCGCCCAGCUCUGGGUCCCCGAGCUCGACAUGGCCGCCUUCAAGGCCGCCUGGAUGGUCGCUCCCCCCGCGCCGGAGGGAUGUCCCGUGGAAGGCGUCGACGUGGCCACCGAGCUGCGCAAGAUCCCCAUGCGCGACGGAGCCGAGAUCGAGGUCAAGAUUUAUAAGAGCAAGACGCCUUCCGCUGAGACUCCGGCCCUGGCGGUGCGGUUCCACGGCGGCGGCUGGGUCGUGGGCGGCCACAUCACCGAGGAGCCCGAGAACUUGCUCUUGGCUGGCAAGGCCAAUGUCGUGGUCGUAAGCGUGGACUACAGGAUGGCCCCUGAAUACCUGUUCCCCUACGCCAUCGACGACUGCUGGGACGCUACGAAAUGGGCCAAGGCCAACGCCGAAUCCCUUGGCGUCGAUCCCGAACGCAUCAUCUUCCUCGGCGGCUCUGCCGGUGGCGGUCUCUCUACCGUCGUGGCUCGCCGGGCCCGCGACGCCGGCAUGACCGGCGUACGGGCCCAGGUCCUGAACUUCCCCGCCACCUGCCACCCCAAGUUCUUCCCCCACGACAAGUACGAGGGCGGGAGCUACCAGCAGAACAUCGACGCCUCGGUCGUCGACGCGGUCCGGAUGGAGUUCUUCCUCGAUGCCUACAUUCCCGAGCCUACACCGAAUCCCGAUCACUCUCCUCUACUUGCCGAGUCCUUGAAGGGGAUGCCGCCAGCACUCGUCCAAGUUGCCGGUCUGGAUCCCCUGCGCGACGAGGGUAUCGCAUACGCCGAACGCCUCCAGGCCGAGGGCGUGCCCGUGGAACUCCACACGUACCAGGGCAUGCCUCACUGCUUUUACAUGUUCGCCGCACACCCCAAGUCGGCGGACUACUACAGCCGGACUCUCGAGUUCGUGAAGAAGCACGCCGCCAAGUCGGGCUGA